UCAAGUAUAAAUAGUUGAUUCUUAAAAUUCAAAACGUUUCGGAAAACAAAUUUCACAGCGCAAAAGAGAAUGUAAACCAACGGUUGCUGGCAGCAAAGCGGCACAAAACUGAGAAAAAAAGAGGAGGAGGUUAACGAAAACAGGCCAUGACGGUUGUAAGCAAUAGGCAGCUGUAUAUUUAUACCAUUGGAUUGCUGAUCGUGUGGGUGAUUGUGCUGACAACGGCCAGUAGUAGUGCCGGUGGAGGCAAUCUCCGAUCCCUUCAACUCCUUGAGGAGGAUGAAAAGAAAAACAUCAAAAAUUGCCAGGCGCUGUGUGAGCACUGCGGCUGUUUGAAUUUCUAUUGUGGCGAGGAGUGUUUGUGUGAGUGUAACGAGGAGAAUUCCAACAGCAAAUGUAUUUUGGAAAUGCAAAAGAAUGCCAGGAUCAAAAAAAUGCCAUUUGAGCUACUGAUCCAGGGACCAUCGUUGAAUGAAUUCGUAAAAAAUGCCUGGAAAUAUGAAGAGAGGAAAUUUGGUGGUGGCCAUCAGGGGAGGAACUUAGUGCAAAGGAGACGCUCAACGGUGACCAUAUAUCGGCCAGAUGUGAAUAGCAGUGUAAUGAGUAAAACCAAGCUGUUGAGUGACAUCAAAAUCAAGGGCUUGGGGGAGAGGACGAAACGUGAGGCAGGAGCCAGCCAAGAUGAAAAUAAUAGCAAUCAUCAUCAGUUUGAAUGGUUCAGUGAUUUGACCCAUAAUCUAGUAAAACCCGCCCCUUUGGGAGGACGUAACCGAAAGCAGGAGGAACUCCCGCCACAGAGAACGGAAAAACCCAAGGUUAGCAAAGUCUCGACGGGUUUGGAUAAAUCAUGGUUUAUGGAUAGCAUACCCAACAUUUUAACGCCUGCUCCGCUCUCCAAGCGUUUGGGUGGCUCUCUCCUUGGGGACACUAGCUCGGAGGAUAAAAAUGAACAAGAAAUGCCCGGAAGGACUUCCAAGUCGACAUUGUUUUCCCAACCUCAGGAUAAUUUAAAGAACUUGGGUAAGGAACUGGCCAAUGCCUUGGGUUUGAGGCAGCAAAAAAUCAAAGAAGACAACGACGAUGUAGAGGAGGACAAAAAUGAACCAUCGAAGAAAAAUCUAUCGGCUCAAAUCUUUCGCCGCAAAUUGGAGGAAAUUGGCCGGGAACGAAAAAACAAAGAAAAAGAGGAGGAGUUCAGGAGAAAAAUGGCUGAAUUUAGGAACCCCAAAGCAAAUAGAAAUCCGCGAAGGAAGGAACAGCAAUCGUUACGUUCCAAAUUAUUCAAAACAAUUCAGGAAGAUGAUGAACAAGAAGAAGAGGAGGACGAUUUGGUCUCGGGUGAUAACAAGGAAGGGGAAGUUGGGGCAGAAAAGCCUUUGGAAGAAAGACAGCCACUAUUUCGCCUACCCUGGUGGCAGCCGGAACGUUUCUUUCGCAAAGUUCAAUAUGUUUUGAAGACAUAGAAGGAUUGGAGUUUGAUUUUUUUAAAGAUUAAAGAUUAAAGAGAGGCAGCCACUAUUUCGCCUACCCUGGUGGCAGCCGAAAAAUUUCUUUCGGAAAGUUCAGUAUGUUUUGAAGCCAUAAAAGGAUUUUAGUUUCACU